UUACACCCUUGCAAUUGAAUUCCAGCAGCGAGUAAUUGAUGCCUGGGAAGGCCAUGGACCAAGUGCAGAAGAAGAACCCCGAGAAGCUCGGCAUGCUCUCGAAGAGUUAAAGACAAAAGCCCGUGGUACAUCCACUAACCGAGUUCCUACAAAGGCCUUGCCUUUGCCACAACAUAGUCUUGCUUCAAGAAAUUUGCAACCCAGUAUUCCUCUUACCCAAAUUCAGCCAGCUCUAUCCGGUAGACUUGGAGAAUCGAUAGCUUUUGCUCUGCUAUCACAUUUCACAGUCUGAGACAUUUGUUUUUAUCUUUAAUUCUUGUAAAUUUCGAUAUUAGUUUGAUAUGUCAUUUAUAUAUGUGCUAUUUGCCUCAAGUAUAUACUUGCUUAUACCAGUUCUUUUCCUUUUUGUCUUACCAUAAAGUUCAAGUGUCAGUCAUUAUCAAUGAUUCAACUAAUGACUAUAUUAUGAUUAUUUUCGAAUAAUUGCGGAGUCAGACACCCAUCUUUUUGGAUAAUCUAUAUGAAUAUGCAAUGAUUUGAAAAUAAUUAAUUGGUUUCUGAAAAGGACUAUGCAACUUGUUUUUGUCCCUGAUAUGUAUAUAUUGGAUUUUUUCAAUCGGCUGAGCAUCCUAUACGAACCCUUUAUAUUGUUACAAAUAUUUGCAUCAUAAUUAUCAAAAACAGAUCAAAGGUCUCAAGAGCUUGAACAUUCAAGAGAUGGAGAAGCUUGUUUCAAGCUGGUUCAGUAAUAAAACCUUGCCCCAGUCUUACAUAUUCCCCCCUGAAGCAAGGCCUGGGAACCAUGUCAUUCCUAGAUGCAAUACCAUUCCGGUAGUUGACCUCAGCAAGGCGUUGGCUCAUGACCGAAUUGCCAUAGCUCAACAGAUUCUGAAAGCUAGCCAAGAGUUCGGAUUUUUCCAGGUUGUUAACCAUGGAGUUCCAGAAAACCUGGUAACUGACACCAUGAAUGUCUUCAAGGAGUUCUUCGAGUUGCCUGCAGAAGACAAGGUCAGCGUCUACUCCAACAAUCUAAAAAGGCCUUGCAGGCUUUACACAAGCAGUUCAAACUAUGAUCACGAAAAUGUUCACCUUUGGCGUGACAAUCUGAGACACCCUUGUCAUCCUUUAGAAGAUUGUAUCAAAAUUUGGCCUCAAAAGCCUACUAGAUAUAGGGAAAUUGUGGCUACAUACUCGAUUGAGGCAAAGAAACUAGGUCUAAGGAUCCUGGAGUUGCUUUCUGAAGGCUUGGGGCUUGGUUCAGGGUUCUUUGGGGAUAAACUAAGUGAAUCGUCGUUACUAUCAGUGAACCAUUACCCGCCAUGCCCAGAUCCAAGCUUGACCCUUGGAGUAUCUAGACAUUGUGACCCUAACCUUUUAACUAUUCUACAUCAGGGAGAUGAAUAUGGACUUCAAGUCUUCAAGGAUGGGGAAUGGAUUGGUGUGGAGCCUUUGCAUAACGCAUUUGUGGUUAAUAUAGGUCAUCAGUUGCAGAUUAUCAGUAACAACAAGCUGAAGAGUGCUGAACAUCGGACGGUGACAAACUCGAGAGUUGCUCGAACGACGGCGGCCUUUUUUAUUAACCCAUCUGAUGAUUGCGUUAUAGAGCCUGAUAAAUCUCUUAUUGACACCAACGAGUCUCCGGCUUACAGGCCUUUCCAGUUCAAAGAGUUUCUGCUUAACUACUCAUCCUUGAUGGGGAACCCUGAAAAAUGCCUGGAACCCUUUGAACUACAUGCUUGAUUAAUGGCUCUGGACCACCUCCACAGCUUCCAUAGCUUACCUCUUCUAAACGCAAAACUGUUAUUUAAUGAUUAUUGCAAAGACAUCUUGCUAUGUACUUUGAUUGUUUUGGGGAAUGUAUUGGGUCAAAACCCCCCAAAUAUUUUAGGAUCAAACAUAAAUCCCACUCGUUAAUCUGUAGAAUCAUAGUACAGGUACAUAUACGCACAUGUAUGUAUAUAUUUCUGGGUUAUUUGCAGUGCCAUGAAUGACUCAUUUUCCUUCAUAGAUUAACAUAUAGGUAAAUCAGUAACACCGUGUUGAAGGGUGCAGAACAUUGGGCCGUGAUGAACUCAAUGCUCAGAUAUCGGUCCCCUCCCGGUGACAGCAUUAUAGAUCCUGCAAAAUCUCUGGUUUUUGUGUUUCAUCACAGCUUGUUAUUAUACAUAUGCUAUUUGAAUCAAGUGUAUACUUUGCUUAUGUGACAAUAAUUAAUUGAUCUAAUUCUAACA